AUGUCGAAUAGUGCUUUUGGACCAGUUUUAAGUUCAGGGACUGCUCCUAAUUUAGGUAGUGUUCCAUCUAAUAAAGAAGAGCAUGCCUUAGGCUUAAAAGCUAUUUAUGCAGCUUGUCGACUGUUGUAUCCUGAUCAACCUACUCCACUGCAAGUAACAGCUGUUCGAAAGUUCUGGAUGGGUGGACCAGAUCCUUUGGAUUUUAUCAAUAUGUAUGCAAAUCCAGGAUCAGCUGAACUGCAAAGCCCUCCCCACUGGCAUUACGUAACUAACGGUUUAUCAGAUUUGUAUGGUGACUCAAGGUUGCAUGGCCAUUGUCAUUCAACUGAUGGUCCAAGUGGUUUCGGUUUCGAGUUAACAUUUCGAGUUAAACGUGAAGCAGGUGAAACAAAUCCACCAACAUGGCCAGCGCAUUUACUACAAAGCUUAGCACGUUAUGUUUUCUAUUCACAAGCCCAAUUAAUGGCGGGCGAUCAUAUUCCAUGGCCUACGUCUUUAGAUAAGCAGCCUAAUUUGUCAUCUCAACAGUCGGAAAAACGACGACGGCAUCAUCAACAUCACCACCACCAGCAACAACAGACGGAUAAAGAAACAAAUGUGAAGGAGUUAGAAAAUGCAAGAAAAUCCAUUGCAAUGGCGGCUGCAGCAACUGCGGCUUCCAUAUUAGCUGCAAACAGUGCUAAAACUGGUAUGGGAUCUUCAUCGGCUGCUUUAUCCGCAUUAACCAAUCCUUCGACUUAUGCAUCCAUGGUCGCAGCUGCUCUAGCCGCUGUCAAUAAUAACAACUCUUUAGCAACUAACAACUCGAAUGAUUCAGUUGGUCAGAAUGAUACUAAGGAUAAACUAACAACUAAUUCAACAAAUUCAUCACGUAUUCAUCAUAUGCUACUGGUAGAAGAUCCUCAACUGAAAAAAAUCACUACACCAUAUGGUUAUGUUCAAUUUUUACAGUUGGUUGGUCUUUGCGAUGAGGAACUGCGUUUAGUUCAACGUUGGACUGGUUCUCAUGUUGCUGAAUUAAUGAGUUGUUCACUAGAAACCGGUGGUGGUCUUCUUGUCACCGAUAUGAGAAGAAAUUUAAAUAUUUUCGAAAUGCAACCAAAUUUAGUGGAUUAUAUCAAUGAUAAAUUAAAACGUGAAGGUUCAAAUUUAUCUGGUGUCACAACAUCCUAUUUUGCUUGGGCACCUAUAACUAUGGUCACUUUAGGUGAGCUACUACCAGGUGAAGUGGAAUCUCGUCGAUUACGUCGUCAAACACAGAAACGUGAUUCAUCUUCAACUAGUUGUCUGUAUUCUUCUAAAUCAGAAGUUCAGUCUGGAUCCAAGGCUGUAUUGUUCCACAACCUUUCAACUGAUUAUAAUACCCACAAAUCAGAUACUGAUAUUGGAUCUAAAACUGUAGCCAUGGACACAGAUGACACAUUGGUGUCGUUUGCAGUAAAAAAACGAAUUGAAGAUGAUGAAUUUAUAGAUGUUGUUGGCGGUGGUGUUAACGGUGGUGGCGACGAAACUUUGCAGAAGUUGACAGCAGAAAGUUACAUCAAUUCAUCUACUAGUGCUUUAGCCUCAGUGUCUGCUGAACCGAAUUCAUUAAAAAUUUCUCGUUUUGAACCAAAAUCUCGUGUUUCUUUAAGUAAUAGGUUGAGCUCCGGACAUUUAACAUCAGAUUGUUUUCCGCAUUCAUUAGGAAAUCGAAAUGUAAUCGAUGGACAAACUAUCAGUGCACCUGGUGGUUUUUCUGCCUGGUGUAAUCGGGUAGGACCUAUCAAUCAGUUUAACCAAUCACCUAUAAGUCGUCAAAGCCUAAACAAAGUCGGCGCUAAUACUUCAUCUGCAGGUGGUGGGAUAUUCAAAAGUACUUUGAUCAAUUCACCUACAGAACUGACUAAUGUAGUUGGCGGCGCGCUUGGUUUUCGAACAUUCAAUUCAGAACUACCAAUAUCCAAUAUGAUUACGGAUAAAUUUAUAGAUGCUAGUAUUGAGCCUAAAGGUGGGAAUCUUACACCCGGUGGUGGUGGUGGUAGUAGUAGUACUACUGGUGAUGGUUCUGCACCAUGUACACCUUUAGCACAUUUAUCACUUUCUCCGGCUAGUUUGGAUAUGAUGCCAACACGGAUUAUCGAUUAUUUAGAUGUGCAUUUAUGUCGUGAAGCUGGUGAAAUGCUUCCCUUAGCAGUGAAUGAUCGACUACGUCAUGGAAGACAUUUUACAUUUCUAAAUGCAAAUUAUCCAGAUCAUGCUAUUACGUUAGUACCAUCUGGUGUUUCUGGAGCUUUUGUUACUGAAGAAACACCCUAUGUCGCCCGUGGACCAUGGUUACAGAUCUUAUUGACAGACGAUUUUCUGGAACAGUUGGAAUUUCAAUUUUCAUGUUUAUUAUAUCCUAAUGAAUUGCAUUUGCCGUUAGUUUUUCGUUGGCCAGAAAGACAUUUACGUAUAUGCUUGGUUGAUGUCAGUUCAUCAUCAUCAUUGUCAUCAUCACCACCACCAUCAUCAAACGGAGGCUUACCAUCAGUACCUCUCCCCCAUUCACAGACAGCAUCUGUACCAAACCCGGUGUCUUUAAUAAACGAUAGUAAUAACAAUAUUGGUAAUAAUAGUGUCGACAAUAGCAACACUUCAGAUACAUCGAAUAUUUCAAAACUUAUGGGUACUCCUACUACUUCUGGCGUUCAUUGUAAUUGGAAUACAUCAAUAGUAGAUAAUAGAUUGAUAUCUGGUAAUAACAGUGGUAAUGUUGGGAGUACUCUACAAUCCUCAAUCAUUCCGAAUGCAUUUUCAAAAUCUGAUCUACUCCCUUCAUUCUUAUCGUUAUUCCCACCGGGAUGUAUACCACCGCCAAAUGUUUUAUCAUCGUUGUUCAGUGCCAUGGCUACAAAUAAUUCUAGUAGCAUUAGUGACAAUAUUAAUACUACCAAUAAUGAUCAAUCGCAAACAGAACUAUUCAGAAAAUCAUUUCUCCCAAUAAAUCAGACUGUAACACCAGUGCCUAUAUUUCAAACAUCGUCGUCGUCAUCACCACCUACAUCAUUAAUCCAACCAUCCGCAUCAACGUUGCCGAAUUCAUCUCAUAUACACCACCAUCAAAUCACUCAGCAACAACAAUUACGGCAAGAACACCAACCAAGUACAUCUCUUCCUUCUGAAUUAAAAGUUGAUAGCCUAAUAGAUCCUAAUGUAUUUGCUAACAACUGGUCAAUUUUUUUGCAAACAUUAAUGCGUAACAGUAACAUUAAUGCUAAUAAUAUGGAUUUAUUAAGACAAAUAAUAUCUGGUAGUCAGAAUAACAGCGUUGCUACUACUAAUAUCAGUAGUACUAAUUCAACCGCUCAUUUCAUGGAGUUCUUGCAAAAUUUUCCUUUUAAUAAUAGUAAUAAUAAUUGUAUGAAUAUGUUGUCUGCUUUAACUUCAUCAACAGCACCGACAGCAUCAGUAUCAUCGUCAUCAUCAUCAAUGAGGCAUUUUUAA